CCCCGGCGGGGCAGCGGCUCCGAUAGCGCCUACCAGACCCAGAGAAUCCUGGACGACUGUAAGAUGCUUGUCCAGGAGUUCAACACCCAGGUGGCUCUCUAUCGGGAGCUGGUCAUUUCUAUUGGGGAUGUCUCUGUCACUUGUCCUUCUCUACAUGCGGAAUUGCACAAAACUCGAACCCGGGGAUGUGAGAUGGCCUAUCAGGCUCAUCAAAAACUAGCAGCAAUUUCUGGCCCAGAAGAUGGUGAAAUCCAUCCUGAAAUCUGUAGACUAUAUAUCCAGUUGCAGUGUUGCUUAGAAAUGUACACAACAGAAAUGCUGAAGUCCAUGUGUCUGCUGGGAUCACUGCAGUUUCAUCGGAAAGGAAAAGAACCCUGUGGCCCACCCAAGAUCUUAGAUACCAAAGUGGAGGAGAGUUCUGAAGUACCUAUUUUAGAAGACACAUCAUUAUCACCAACAGAUAUUCAGCAGCAUCUAUGGCAGGUUUCCACAGAUAUUGAAAACACUGAAAGAGAUAUGAGAGAAAUGAAAAACCUUUUAAGUAAACUCAGGGAGACUAUGCCUUUACCACUGAAAAAUCAAGAUGAUAGCAGCCUUCUAAACUUGACUCCAUAUCCACUGGUAAGGAGACGGAAGAGAAGAUUCUUUGGAUUGUGUUGUCUUGUCUCAAGUUAGAAGAUUAAGCACAGAAGCACCAAGGAAAUCAUGACUUUGAUUAAACCACUAUUAUUUGACCACUGAAAAGAUGAAAGUGGCUAAUCUUGAUUAUAAAGUAUAUUUUCUACACUAAGCUAUUCAUUUUGUCUUCUGCUCCAUCCCUCUUUUCAAAUAAGGGUUUUAAUACUUUUGAAUUAUGGUGGUCAAAAAAUGGCUGUGAAAUAGAUCUAGCAUAUUUAAAAUAUUUUAAAGUAUGUUUUGCAUGCUUACUUUCAUUCACUCAAAGAAGACACCUGAAUUAAGGUUCAUAGAUCAUUUUAGAGGGUUUUUUUAAUUGUUUGAGCUGCAGCUAAAAGUUUGUGCAUAGUACAGUACUCUUACUAGUAUCAUACUAAAAUCAUACUCUUAACAGUCUUUAAGCAUAGGAAACUAUUUAAGAGCAAAACUAUUAAAGUUCUAAGACAUUCAGACAAUAUUGUAACAGAAUUUGUACAAAAUUUCCAGUUGCUUUUUGUGCUCUCAUUCAUAUUUAGUCUUCCACUAUAUUUCAACUUCAAAGCUUUAUAGAAAAAUAUCUUAAUUUAUGAUACAGAAACCAUAUACGAAAAUAGUUAGGACUUGUAAAUACAGAGAAAUCAUAAUAUCUACAAAUGCUUAGAAGUGACAGAUUCCCUUUUAAGCCAAUAGUAUAUCUACAAGCUUUUGGAAAAAAAAUAUUAAAAGAAGGUGUAUUAAAAUAAGCAAUGUAAAACACAACACCAACCCAUUUUUUUGCCAGUAGAAUUCAAAGCAUGGUGUCUGCAUAUCAAGAUAUUGAUCUUACAAGGCAUGCCAGAAUUAUCUGAGACUGUAAGAGAUAUUAAACGUUUUACAUUGUUAAUAAAGUUUUUUAUUUAAAUUAAAUGUUGUCUUGUUUCUAGUUAUAUUGCCAGACUGUGUAUCUUUUUUAAUUUGUCAGAGGCCUACACAAAUUUGUGACAAUAUUUCCAUUUUCCAGUUUUCCAUACAAGUAUGUUUACAAAGACAGAUUACAAAAAUAUGCAUUACUAAAUUCUUUAAAUAGCACAAAAAAAGGUAAUUUCAAUGUAUUUGAAGAUUUCAGGUCAUGAGCUAUUCUUAAGCGUACAUAUUCCUAAGCAUCUGAAAUAGGGACAUCCCUACACACACAAAGCUGAUUGUGAGAGCAAACAUUUUUAAGAACGUUUUUUCAGAGUUAAUUCUUCAAAUUUUCAGAGUUAAUUCUUUAAAUUUUCUGCACAUUUCUCAUGAACCUUGUGCUCACUAAUCAGAGCUGUUGUCCAUAACAGGCACCACUGGUAUGUUUUCAUUUGAAGUCUCAAAGCAGUAGACUCAUUCCCAAAUGACUCCAUCCCUAAUGUUACACUAGGUUUUGCAACUGUUAUAACUUUGGAAAAACUCCUGGUGUCUUGUGGCUAUUAAAAAUACUGUCCACAAAGUUGAUCAGUAGUUACAGCUAACCAAUUAGUUUUGUUCAGCCUGAGUGAAAAAGACAGACAUUAAUGACAAAAAAAAGUGUAUGAAUUCAGGACUGAAUGUACAGUGAUGCCAUGAGAAAGAAAGGUGGGAGGAAAUUUCUCACUGGCUUCCUUUAAACAUUAUAUUUUGUUAAAUCACACACAGAAUCAGAUGUGCAGAUAUAGCAGUGACCUUGUCUAAUCCAUUACCUGCCCACAUAUCAUCACUAGGAACUUCAUAUGCCUUGUUACAUGGCAGCUCAUAUCUGUGUUUUAACUACAGCUAUUGGAAUGGAAUAUUCAUUAGUAAGACAAACA